UACUGAUCCACAAGAAAUAUGGAGACAUUCAGUUUCACAUGUGUUUCUGCAAUCCUGUGGUAAAGAAGGACCCGAUGACUUUGGAUUACGACGUGCCUGGCCUAUAUUUUUGAAAGAUAAAAUGUCGGACAGAACAAUGAGACGGCAAGUACUGUUGUUUAUCUCGGUCCUCUCUCUCAGUUCAGUGCUCGGCCAGGUCAGCUACUCCAUUCCUGAAGAAAUGGCAAAAGGCUCUUUAGUCGGCAACAUAGCACAUGAUUUAGGGCUAGCUGUUAAAAGACUGAAGUCAGGUAAAGCACGCAUUUAUACAGGAGACAGCGCAGAAUACAUCGAGCUGAAUAAAGAGAGAGGAGUCCUCCUUGUGAAAGAGAGAAUAGACAGAGAGGCGCUGUGCGGACAGACGACGCCUUGCGCUUUACAUCUACAAAUUACCUUAGAAGAUCCGAUUGAAUUUUACACAGUUACAGUCGAAAUCAGUGAUAUAAAUGACAACGCACCCAGUUUUAAAAAGGAUGAGAUGAAAUUUAGAAUUAGUGAGUCGGCUGUCGUUGGUGCAAAAUUUGUUCUGGAAAGAGCAAUGGAUCUGGAUGUAGGCGUGAAUGGACUGCAGACGUAUACGUUAAAGCCCACAGAAAAUUUUCACUUAAAAUUACAAAGUCAGCAAGACGGCAGCAGAAAGGUUGAAAUGGUUUUGAAAAAACAUCUAGAUAGAGAAGCUGAAGCGCAUCUCUCUUUGACCCUUACAGCUACUGAUGGAGGCGAUCCUCAACUUUCGGGAACAAUGAGAAUAGACAUUUCUGUGCUAGAUGCUAAUGACAAUGCCCCAAUAUUUACACAGGAAGUCUAUAAAACUAGUAUAAUGGAGACGGCUCCAAAAGGCACGAUUUUAAGUACUGUUAGUGCCACUGAUGUAGACCAGGGAUCCAAUGGUAAAGUAUCCUAUUCAUUAACGAACACGUUAGAUGAUGUUCCUAUCAUGUUUGAAAUCGACGAAGAUCAUGGCGUGGUAAAAUUAACUGGCAACCUGGAUUAUGAAAAAGCACAGCAUAUUGAGAUUUAUGUCCAAGCCAGUGAUGAUGGGGGACUAACAGAUUCUUGUAAAAUCAUUGUAGAGGUGAUAGAUACGAACGAUAAUCAUCCAUCUAUUAACAUAAUGUCGAAAACAAAUGCAAUAUCAGAAAAUUCCAAGCCAGGAACUGUUGUAACUAUUAUUAAUGUGCAAGACCCAGACUCCGCUGAAAAUGGAAAAAUCACGUGUAACAUUAACGAGCACAUUCCAUUUAUGAUGAAAACAACGUCUAAAAAUUUCUUCAGCUUAGUAACAGACAGUGAUUUAGACAGAGAAAAGGCUUCUGAGUAUAAUAUCACAGUGACUUGCUCUGAUGAGGGGGUCCCCUCCCUCUCCAGCAGCGUCACUCUCACCUUACAGAUCUCAGAUGUGAAUGAUAACGCGCCUGUCUUUGAGAGGAGCUCAUAUGAGGCCUACAUUGUAGAAAACAACACCCCAGGCCUCUCUAUAUUUACCGUGAAAGCCAGAGACGCUGACUGGAACCAGAAUGCCCGUGUCUCUUACAUCCUGGAGGACUCCUCGGUUAACGGAGUGCCCGUCUCCUCUUUUGUGUCUGUCAGUGCUGAUAGUGGAGUCAUCCAUGCAGUGCGCUCUUUUGACUACGAGCAGAUCAAAGAUUUCCAGUUCCGAGUCAAAGCACAGGACGGAGGCUCUCCUCCACUCAGUAAUAAUGUGAGUGUGAAAAUACUGAUCCAGGACCAGAACGACAACGCCCCUCAGGUGCUGUACCCAGUCCAGACUGGUGGCUCUCUGGUGGCUGAAAUGGUGCCUCGUUCAGCAGAGGUGGGCUAUCUGGUGACCAAAGUGGUGGCUAUUGAUGUGGACUCUGGCCAGAAUGCCUGGCUCUCCUAUAAACUGCAGAAAGCCACAGACAGGGCGCUGUUUGAAGUGGGCUUACAGAAUGGGGAAAUCAGAACUAUCCGCCAAGUCACUGAUAAAGAUGCUGUGAAACAAAGGCUGACUGUUGUGGUGGAGGACAACGGCCAGCCCUCUCGUUCAGCUACAGUCAGUGUUAACGUGGCGGUGGCGGAUAGCUUCCCUGAAGUGCUGUCGGAGUUCACUGACUUCAUACAGGACAAGGAGUACAAUAACAACCUGACUUUUUACUUGGUCUUGGCUCUGGCUGUGGUUUCCUUUCUUUUCAUCACGUGCCUGGUGGUUAUUAUAUCAGUGAAAAUCUACAGGUGGAGACAGUCUCGCAUCAUGUAUCAGUCCAACCUGCCGGUGAUUCCAUAUUAUCCCCCACGUUACUCAGACACUUUGGGGACAGGGACUCUCCCACACGUGUACAAUUACGAGGUGUGCAGGACGAUUGACUCCAGAAAGAGUGACUGUAAGUUCGGCAGAGCCGGUAGUCAGAACGUCCUGAUAAUGGAGCCCAGUUCAACAGGGACGAUGCAGCGGAUACAGAGUGACAAGAGCAUCCUGGAUGAACCAGACUCUCCUCUAGAGGUUAGAAAAAUGUGA